AUGUUUGCUGCGAAGUACGUGGUUUGUUUUGGGCUGCUGGCCACAGUGCAGGCAUCUGGCGAACCAGAAUGUCCGUGCAUUUCGAACAGGUCAGAUCUUGACCAGCUGCGGUUGGAUCUGGUAGCGGCGGGGCACACUGAAAACUAUGGCCUGGAGGGUUGUGCUGCUUAUGAUGUGAAUGAUUCAGCAUCCGGCUGUGGGUCCAACGAGAGCCCACACUGCGUGAAUCCUUGGUGCUUUGUUGAUAUGAACCUCUGCCCAUUGAACGUAGAAAAAUGUCACAUGGCUGGUGGGAUGCCAGGCAGCGAAGUCUCUCCAUACUGCCGCACGCGGCCGCAUUUGCCUCGCACGCUGGGGAAUACCUCUGUUUUCUACAGCUAUGAGACGUGCGGGUCUGUGAACAUGUAUGACAGCACCAGGCACUCCAUAAAUGUUGGUGGACACGUUGUGAGGGUGGUGGUGAAUCCAGUGGCACCUUGGGUUUUAAGACGGACUGGUUCCGGUCUUUUGCAGACAAAGGAGCAUGGUGGGUAUGGUGGGCCGAGCUUCGACUUCUUCAUAAGGACCUUGGUGUUGUUCGAGCCAGAACCGAUCUUGAAGAUUCUUCCUGGUUGGGCAACGCCGCAAUCCAAGCAGAAGUUCCAAAGCGACUAUACCGCUUGUGUGCAUGAUGUUGCCCUUGGUACCUUCGACUUGUGCAUCGCAGAUCUUUGGCUAACCCCUGAGCGUCAUCUGCUCGCCAGCUUCGUCCCACCCUUGCGGCAGGACUACUUCUUUCUGGUCGUGCCAAGGAAAACUGAGAGAGUGACUUGGUGGGCUCGAUUGAGCAGUCCUUUUCAGCCAUUCGCACCAAGUGCCUGGUUCGGCAUUCUUGCAUUCCUGUGCCUCAUGUCACUGCUUUUGUGGCUGGUGCAAAUCUGUGAGAAUGACCAGAAUGAGGGCUGCGUCGCAAAAUGUUCUUGGAGCGUGGAAGAACUUGUUCGUACGCAUUUUUACGUCUUUCACGAUUUCCUUCUGGGGCAGAGCAGCAUCCCCGUGCAGAAUGGCGCAACGCGCAAGUUCUUGAGUGCUGCUGUAUCUUUCUUCAUCCUUGUCGUGCUGGCAAGUUACACUGCAAGCUUGGCAUCGAUCUUAGUCAUUCAGCGCCAGAGUGUGGGUACCAUUAGCAACAUGGAUGAAGCCAUCGAGCGUGAGAUCCCCAUCUGUGCGCCGUCAGCUCUACUGAGAACCUUCUCAACUGUCUUUCCACGCGCAAGCUUCGUGGAAAGCCCCGAAGAACGAAAUGGACCGCGCCUUGUGUACUCGGGGGCAUGCGACGCGGUGAUCAUGUCCCAGGUUGCCAUAGACACGAUGCAUGCGGGUCAGUUGCAAGAACGUGACUGCAACGCCGUCGCCAGCGGAAGUAUCACUGAAGAGGUAGGCCGCUGUGAGAGGGACUCUUUUGGGAACCCUCGUAAUGACUGCAAUCUCAUCCGUGUUGGCGACGUCCUGUGGUCCGUGCCCAUCUCCUUUCCAGUCAGUGCAAGAAUGGCCCACAGCAUGUCAUGGGCCUUCACCUAUGCGAUGACGAACGGCUUGAUGGAAGAGAUGAAGAAGCUGAAUGCCGAUGUGUUCCCUGUCCCUCACUGCAGCGUGGAAGACGAAAGGAGCGACGAGGACGGCCUAAAUUUGGACGACCUCAGUGGCACCAUCCUCAUCGCCUUGUCCAUCGCAGCCUUUGGGUUCUUGUGUUUUCUUGGAAGCGUUGCUUGGAGCGUCCUUUGUCGGAAGAGAGCGGCCGGCGAGGCGGAAAGUACCAGCGCAAGCGAGCGGGAGCGGGACAAAGAGCCCAGCAGAGCCAAGCCCAAGCGCCCUCGGGAGAAGGAGGGUUCCCGGCUCGCCAGCCUGGAAGAGCAGCCUUUCGAUGACCAGAUCGUGCCAACUGAGCUGGGGGCUUCAGACAGGGUCGUGGGUCUGUGUGACUGCUUCCAGGCAGAGCUGAGAAGAUGA